AUGCCUCAAUCCGACAUAUUGCGCGAGAGGCGUCCUUCCAGUUCCAAAGCCAACCGGCUAGCUCAAUUCUUCUCCAGCUCCAAGAACCAAGAGCACACCCAGCAGAGCCUCCUUGCCAUGCAGCAGCACCAGAAACCCCAGCUGGCUAACGCCACUGGCACAAUGCAAUCCCCUGGAAUGCUGCCUACCAUUUCUCUGUCCUCAGCCGACACCAGCGUCGUUGAGAACUCGUCAACCACGAUGCUCUUUGAGCCCCAGACUGCCGAGGAGGUUGAGCGUCAACGACGGGCAGAAGCCCAAUUUGGCCCCCUCAACCACCCAAGCCAUCGGUAUACCAGCGCGUCUCAUGGGCAGCCGCUGGAAGAUCCCAUUGAAGACGAGCCUCCUUACUACUACAUUCUGACGACCUAUGUCAGCUACCUGUUCCUCAUUCUUCUGGGCCACAUCAGAGACUUUUUCGGCAAGCGAUUCGGCGACAAGAAGCACUACGACUCGCUCAAGGUGCAGAACGGUUAUGCACCUCUCAAUGACGACUUUGACAAUUUCUACACCCGCCGACUCAAGAUGAGGCUGGACGAUUGCUUUGCCCGCCCAACCACUGGUGUUCCCGGCCGAUACAUUACUCUCCUGGACCGCAAGUCCGACGACUUCAACCGCACCUACCAGUAUACCGGUACCACCACUGAGACACUUAACAUGAGCUCGUACAAUUAUCUCGGUUUUGCUCAGUCUGAAGGCCCGUGUGCCGAUGCCGUCGAAGAGUGUGUCAAGCGAUAUGGUCUCACCUCCGCUAGCCCCCGAAUGGAUUCCGGUACCACCGACCUCGCUCUGGAAGUUGAGCGCGAGAUUGCCGCUUUCGUGGGCAAGCCCGCUUCCAUGGUUUUCCCUAUGGGAUAUGUCACCAACUCGAGUACCUUCCAGGCUCUGGUCGGAAAGGGAUGCCUGAUUAUCUCUGAUGAACUCAACCAUGCCUCUAUCCGCAUUGGCGCGCGUCUCUCUGGAGCUGUCAUCAAGUCUUUCAAGCACAACCACGUUGCCGAUCUUGAGCGUGUCCUCCGUGAGGCCAUCUCUCAGGGUCAGCCCCGAACCCACCGCCCCUGGAAGAAGAUUCUCGUUGUCGUCGAAGGUCUCUACUCCAUGGAAGGUACCAUGUGUGAUCUCCCUGGUAUUCUGUCUCUGAAGGACAAGUACAAAUUCUACCUCUACAUUGACGAGGCCCACUCUGUCGGAGCUCUUGGCCCUCGCGGCCGUGGUGUCUGUGACUACUUUGGCGUUGAUCCUUCUAAUAUUGAUAUUCUGAUGGGCACUUUGACAAAGUCUUUUGGCGCCAACGGUGGAUACAUUGCCGCGAACAAGGACAUCAUCGACAAACUUAAGUCCUCGAACGUGGGCAUGCAAUUGGGAGAGUCUCCUACCCCCUGCGUGUUGAUGCAAAUUCUUGCUUCUCUCAAGAUGAUCACUGGCGAGCUGUGCCCGGGCCAAGGCGAAGAGCGUCUCGAGCGUAUUGCUUUCAACUCCCGCUACCUCCGGUUGGGACUCAAGCGUCUCGGUUAUAUCGUCUCUGGACAUGAUGACUCUCCAAUCGUCCCCGUCAUGCUCUACCACCCUGCCAAGAUCCCUGCAUUCUCCCACGAGAUGCUUCGACGCAAGAUCUCGGUGGUUGUCGUCGGGUACCCUGCUACUCCUCUGAUUACCUCUCGUGCUCGCUUCUGUGUUUCUUCGGCUCACAACAAGGAAGAUCUUGACCGCCUGUUGGUCGCUUGCGACGAGAUCGCAGACCGUAUGCAGUUGAGGUACUCCUCUGGUAUCGCCGGUGGUCUCGAGCCUCUUCCUGAUAGCGUUUCCCCUGAGGAGGAGAAGCAAUGGCGCGCAGAGACCGGCGCACCCAUCAACCCUCCCAGAUGGGCUGUCGAGGACGUUAUUCGUUAUGGCGCGACCGACGCCAAGCUUCCUUUGCGGUAA